AAAAAUAAAAAGGAAAGCAGAGUUCGCUUCGCUUAUCGCAUUUGCGUAUAAAAUAAUUAGAAAGAGGAAAUCUGAGCGAGUCCCCUCCUUCCUUCCUUCCUUCCUUCCUGUCUCUGUCUCUCUCUCAGAAUUUCUGUGAGAGAUCUCUCAGAGUUCCUCAAUUUAGACCUUUUAACUUUUUUUUUUUUAGGUAUUUUUUCGCAAUUUAUUCAUCGGUGAAACUCCAUCUCUGACUUUGUUUAAUGUUCACAAGGGAUAACUUUAGGUAUGGGACAAAGGAACAUGCUGUGCACUAGUCAGAUAGAUCUAGAAAUGGAUCAGCAAGGCCAGGGUUAUCUUCAUCCUGAGCCCUGCAUUCUCUUGGGGGGCAUAACUAACUUCCCACAGCCUGAUAUUCAGACAGUGGCUACAGCUUCAGGGAAUACAACUAAUAUCGAUUCCCGCCAUCUACCAGAGCAUUAUGACAAUGCUAUUUUUUACGGGAUGCCACAAUACCCUGGUGUUCAACAUCAUCCUCAGCAUCAUGUGCCAAAUCUUGAUUUAGGUGUUGCUACUGCAUCCAAUUUCUAUGUUCCUUACAUGACCCCAUCUUCUAGUAUUCCUUUAAGUCAUGGGUCUUGUGAUCAUUUACCAUCUUCCACCAAUUAUGGAGUCAUUGGAGUUUCUGCUGAUGAGUAUGGAACAAACAGCCACUUCAUGGAUAAUGCCAGAGGUUCAUACAAGAGAAAGAAUGCUGAAGGCAACCCAGGGAAUUUUCAGUAUUUCAAUGCCUCAGCAAGCUCCAGUUCUUCAGCUACAUCCUUAAAUACUAGACAUCCUGAUGGGGUUGCUUUAAUGGAUGCUGCAUCUUUCACGCCACCUCAGUACGGAGGGAAUAGUACUUCAUCAGUCAGGGAAGUGGGAUCUCAUAGAAGUGUGAGGAACAGAUUAGGUGCUACUGGGCUGGAUCCUGUUCUGGCUCACAAUCAAAAUCACUUUAUUCAGGGAAACUAUAUGAGUCAGCCCUUUCAGCCUUCUGGUUCUCUAUGGUUAGAUCAACAGCUAAGCAAUACUUCAAGUGAUGCAGGAACUUCAGCAUGGACCCAGAACCCAGCAAUCACUUACAUGCAUGGGAACAAUUUCAGUAGGGUUGAUACUGGAAGCAUGGGUCCACAACGUUAUCAUGACCUAUCUGGCAACAGAAGUAACACAAGUUUCUUGCAUCCCUCUCCUGCCAACCUACGGCACCACAAUUUUCAUCACCUGUCACUUCCCAUUCAAGGAAUGAGAGGCCACAAUCUUAAUGUUCUUCCUCAUGUAUCAGCUACUUCAUUUAGAGGUCCUACAAGCUAUGCCUCACAGAGCAAUGUGAAUCCAUCUCAGGAUGGUAUGGAUAUAGGAGUUAGGCAUCUGGGAUCUAUCCAGCCAACUGGCCUUAGGAUAUACAGACCUCACCAUGAGGGAGUUAUAUCUGAGACAGCUAUAAGACACCGCAAUGUUCCUCAUCUUAGAGUUUUGCCAACUGAUGGGGUAGCUGUACUGGAGUUACCUGAUUAUUAUGAGGUAGAGAAUUAUGUUGACCAUCACAGUGAUAUGAGGUUGGAUAUAGAGGACAUGUCUUAUGAGGAGCUUCUUGCACUUGGGGAGAGGAUUGGCAAUGUGAACACUGGAUUGUCAGAGGAAACAAUCAGAAGUCAAUUAAAGACACGAAAAUAUUUAUCAUCACCAAUGUCAAUCAAUCUGGAAGAGACGGCUUGUAUGGAUCAAGAAUCUGAUUCUUGCAUUAUAUGCCAGGAUGAUUACAAACAUCAAGAGAAGAUUGGAACUCUUGAUUGUGGACACGAGUACCAUGCAGAUUGCUUGAAGAAGUGGUUGCACGUGAAGAAUGUCUGCCCCAUAUGCAAAUCUGAAGCAUUGACUGCAGAAAGGAAGGAUGUAUAGGAGCUAGUAAUUCACCCUGCAGAAAAUAAAAUAAAAAAAAAAAUUAUCAAAUAUAGGAGAGGGGUGAUGGUUAAACGGUGCAUUGCUGUUUGUUCUUUAUGGUAAUUAUUCGCUAUGGGCAAAGCUGGUAUUUUGGUAUGUGUUUUUGUACAUUUACAUGCAGAUAAUACAACUAACAGUCACUGUGAAUCGUUUAUUUGUUGCUCCUGUAUUUAUCAAACCUGUACAGACUCACUCAUUAUGCAUUUGCAUGCUUGUAUUAUUAUUAACUCCCUGUUAGUAUUUCAUUUUCAUGUUCA